AUGACCGCGGAAGAAAGAAAGAAUGACUACGAACUGAGACAACUAGCGCGUGAAAGAAAUAAAGGCAAAGGUAGUCGUGAAUGGGUUGUGUACCUGAACAAACUCAACCACCUCCAGCUGUUUCUUUCGAAAAAUGAACCUGACCUAUUGUUUGUUACGGAGACCUGGUUAACAUGUAAGAUCAAGAAUUCUGAAGUAUCAUCCCAUCUACCGUAUGAUGUAGUACGGUUGGAUAGGAAUGAUAAGAGAGGUGGUGGAGUUUGUUGUGUUAUCAAGAAUACACUUACCUCACGAAUCGUACGUCACGACAUUCGCUCCAAAGCUGAUGUACUGUGCGUUGAUAUACUACCCCACUAUGGUUAUUCCCCCUUCCGAUUUGUUAUAGUGUACCGCCCUCCCGAUUCUCUGAUUAGUGAUGACGAAAAUCUCAUUGAGUUGCUUGCCACCUUUAUAAGUACUGAACGUGAAACUGUGAUUCUGGCGAUUUCAACUUAUCAGUAG